AUAAUUUGGGGUUUCUGUACUUAGAAAACGUAAAUAUUGUAUUCUUUCAUCAAUAUUUGACUUCAAACAUUUGUUUCAAAAAUCCUUGCAGAAACGUGUCUUAAAUGAAAUUACAACAUUCCUAUAUUAAUAAUUUUGUAAAUGAGAAAAUGUUAUAAAUGAGAUACUCGAUCCGUCUGGGGAUAGAGCAACUGGUGAGUUAAUAUUAUUGUGUGUGCGUGUAUUUGUGUGUGGUGGUGUCCUUAGGCUUCGAGGCUUGAGUGAAUUUCGUCACAGUUCACCUGAUAUUUUUUAUUCAUUUACAGAUGAUUUCAGGAUUCUAGAGAACUUAGAAAACUUUUCCGGUCCAAGAUGGAUCUCGAAGAAGAAAACGCUCUCCCUGGUGAUGACGAUGGGACGGGAGAGGUGGCCGGUGGAAGCCUGAGCAGCAGGAUAGCCAAGUGGAAACAUGUCGAGGACGAGCACAAACACAAACAACUCAUCAACCCUUUCUCGGAAUGGGCGGGGUCGUCCACCAGGACAAAACUCGACAAAGACGACCCCAACUACGCCCGCCCCGUCGAAGGCUCGAUGACGGCUAUACGAGGGCAGAAGGCUGGGGAGCGCAUCAGCGGCGAGAUCAAGCAACUCGUCGGCAUUAUGCAACAAUAUGGGCAAAAACAGGCCACCGAUGAUGGGCAAGUUCGUUAUUGGAUUCGCUUUGGGAAGCUUUUCGAUGUGUACUCGAAUAUUUCAAAUAAACUGGUCGGGAUUUUGAUGCGUGCCAGAAAGCAAGGACAGAUCGAUUUUGAAGGAGAAAUGCUGUGGCAACGAAGGGAUGAUCAUGUUAUUAUUUCAAUGCUGGAACAAUAAUAUGAAAAUCAAGUUUGUCAACAGUUUGGAUAUCAUUUUGUUUUGAUAACUCUUGCAAUUUUUGUUAUGUGUGUGAAACUACACUUGUGUAAAAGCAAUAUCUACUGAUUAUUUUUGCUUAUUAUAGCGGAAGUAAUGUUGAGAGUUAAUGUUCAGGCCUGCCGUUUUCUUGUCAAUUAUUUUCAGUUGAUGAUUUUAUAUUCAUGGAUAUGAAGGAUUGUUUGCGAGAUUCAUAUUUUGAUUGACAUAGGCUAUUUGUCAAACUAAAUACACAUACAGAUGCCUGCAUAUUAUAAUGCUCAUGUUUAAAUGAUUCAUUCAUAUAAGCUGAUUGCAUUUGGAGGAACUGUUAUCAAUUCAUGCAUGGUUAUGCAAUAAUCUAACAUACUUUAUGUACUUCAAAUGUGAUAUUUCAAUUUAAGACUGCCAAAUAAAUAAAGUAUAUCUUCAUCUACAAGAGAAAGAAUAGCUUUAAGAGAAUUUUUUGUCAAAAACUAUUUUAAAUCUUCGGAUGACAACAAUUCAGAGCCUCUUUGAUCUUCUAUGUUAUCUUAAAUAUAAUGUUUCAUCAAAUAUUUUAGAAUGAUAAUGCAAAUAAAAAGAAAUUACACAAUUCUAUGUUUCUGUUCAUAAUUAUUUUCCAUAUUUUAAUGCUGCACACAUGUAUCCAGCCAUUUUGUUUACAAUAAUUAUACAUUGUAUAUGCACACAACAAGUGGGACUUUUUACAGACAAAGAAAUAACAGUUAAAAUCUACAACAUUAACGGGCACAAUAUCUAUUGUUUCUUUAACACUCAAACACCAUUCAUUUCUGGAAAACAUGGCAUUGACUAUACACAGGCGAGUAUUAUACCUUUAGCAUAUCUUUAAGAAAGACAAAACACAACUAGAUAGGUUUAUUUGAAUCUGAAGUAUGGAAAAUCAACCGAUUUACAUACUAGCAUUUUGGCAGCGUUUUUAUAACAAAUAUAUUCAUUAAAUCGGACACAAUCACAUGUACGUGUGUGUAUCAAAUCGGGCAUAUUCAGGUACAUUAACAUUCACUUCUUAAUGACAACAUGCAUUUUAUUAAAUGUAAGACAUUAACUUAUUAAUUGAAAGAUUUGAUCUGAUUUUAACUGAAAGCUAUAUCAGAAUACAGUUUACACUCAUUGCAUUAAAUGUAUUACAGUAAG